AUGUCCAAGGUCAUAAACGAUGUCAAAUCAAACGAGGACGUACUAAUGAUGCUAUUGAAGAACCAAACAUCAAUCUUGGAUUCCACUAUAAAUGUGGUAAGGAAAAGCAAUUCAGCUACCAACGACCGCAUACGAAACAUAGAACGCCAAAUAGAUGCUCUCAGCAGAGAACGAGGAAAAUAUCAAGGCAACUAUCUGCAACAAGCAUUCAUGAUCCUGACAGCCCAGCUCACUCUACUGGCAAAUGGAAUGCAGCGAAUGCAAAAAGAGAUAACCAACGUUCUUACCGACAUCCGCCACCGAACAAUUAGCCCCAUGCUAGUUUCUCCCCAACAAUUAAGGGAUCAACUUGAUCAGAUUAGGGAGCACAUCCCAACGGAUCAACAGCUGCCAGUCUCUUCAAAUGACGUAAUACAACUCUAUCGAAUCAUGCAUGCCGAGGGGACAACAACCACUGACCAUGUUAUCUUCAAAAUAACGCUGCCAUUAGUAUCCACAGCGCAGCAAGAAGUUUUCAGCGUCAUCCCCAUCACUGCAUGGAAGGCAGGAAGCUGGCAUGAAUUCAAGCUCAAAACAAGGAUCAUAACUGUCAAUGCCCAUAGAGAUCAAUUCAUGGGACUAACUACUGACGAGUUUGAUCAAUGUCUACAAUUGCCAAAGGAUGAACACAUAUGCGUCAAUCAUCAAGCUACGUUUAGCGUAGAUAAUCGAUGUGAAUUUCAAUUGUUCAAUAACAAGACUGAAACGGAAUGUGAGACUGCUAAAUCGAAGUCCGAUUUAAUAUGGUCAGCAAUACAUCAACGAAAAAGAUGGAUGUUUGCAACCCACAGUCCGAUCGAACUGCAGGCGGUAUGCAAGGGAGUUCCCUCCACGGUACAAAUGGAAGGAACAGGCUUACUAUCACUCACCGCAGGUUGCACGGCGCGCAACUCAAAAAUCAGUGUUAGUACAUUUAGCACAAGGCGCAGCGAGGCAAAAGCAGCAUAUGUUCGUUUUGGCAACAUCACCAAGAUUUACAUAGAAGAGACACCGAAAUCAGGCGGAGAAUCAACAACCAAGGUAACCGACGCCGAAUUAGGCGAAUUAGAUGCCCUACAACAACAACUGGCCAACCUAAAAGAUGCGAAGUACCAAAAUCAAGUCAGCGCUGCACACCAUCAUCAAGUAGCCGCCUAUGUGGCACUAUCAAUAUCAAUACUACUGAUCGUGACCCUGAGUCUACGAUAUCGACGAGUCAAUUGGAGAACACCACAAUGCAGCCCCAAUCCCCGGACAACAAGUGAACAGCCAGCACCCGAACCUACCCCACGGAGUUUUUCGUUCGACAUUACUGAAGGUUGA